GUGAUUAUGCUAAGCGAACAAAGUCUUUAUUUUAUUAUUAAUGGGGCAAAGGGAAAAAUGUUUCACAACGUAUAAUAUUUAAAUUAUAAAUAAUAAGUAUCAAUUUGAAUCAAUGGAUCCUUUGGUAAGGGCUUCAUUUUCUCUCUUAUUUGAGGGAGGCGUCGCUUUUCCUUUUCUUCCUUUUGUUUUCGUGCACGGGUUUGGAUCUGGACCGAUGGCUUCUAUUGAGGCUAGGAGGACUAGACAACACUCGGAUGAGGUGGAGGAUCUGGUGGCCGUGAUGGGGAUUUCUCUCCGACUCUCUGCAACAGAGGGUGAAGUCCUGGAGCAGGCUAAUUUGACAGAUUUGAUCGACUGUAGUGAGGGGCUGCAUUUCUGGGAUGUGGCUGGAUUUGUGAUGUCAACCAAGUUUUUGCCUUGGGUUCUGGGUGGAUAGUGGGUAAAUACUAAAUAGCUAAGACUCGCACGCCCUGGAAGCGACUUGCUUGUGCACAGCAAAAAAACCUCUAAAUUACGAUGUCAUUUUUUAGUGCAACAAUAAAGAAUGGAAAGGGACGUUAAGCAGCGAGAAUUCCCUGAAGAGAAAAAUCGGUAGGCACAAGGGAGGUGAUGAGGAGCUUUUCUCUAUUGCUGAGGUGCAGGACAGAAGGAGCAAAAAUACUGAUCUUUUGAUUUGUAGAACUCCAGAGGAGGCGUUGAAAAUGGAGGGGAUUCCCCUCUGGUUUAGCUUUUCCUUUAUUUUUAUUUUGUAUUGAUCUUUCGGUGAUAAUUAUAUUAAAUUUUAAUUAAUUUA